CCUGCUGGCUCAGAAGCACCUGAGCUUAUGAGUAAGCUCGCAGGCUCAUGAGCCGACAGUUCUGGUUAAAAUACUGUUAAACUUUCGGAGAAAGUCCGCCCCAUCUGGCCUCGAUCGAGCUAGCACAUUCAUCGGUGGGGGGAAGCUGUCAGCCAUCGCAUCUCAUCUCGUCUCUCAUCUCCAUAUAGGCUCAAUUGUGGCUCAUCUCUCUCCCUCCCCUCUUGUUGCUAAUGAGAGCUGGGGCUGCACCUGUCAACCUUUGGUGUACAAAAGUUUUUUCUGGGUUCCAGAUCCACCGAACUGGAUCUCAAUCCAGGCGCUUGUAUCGACAUUUUCGGACCUUUAUGACCGGACUGGUCUAUGUCGAAAUCUUUCGAUCAUCUGGAGAAAUUUCGACAAAAAGAGACGGAGCUCCCCUCUCUCGUUCAUGAGCUCUGCGCCGGAUCCUUAUUUUGGAUUGAGAUUCUCUUAGGAGGUGAGGAGAUCUAGAGGACCUCGGUCCGCUAGGUUGAAGCUUUGUGAGAAGAAUCCCGGAGGAAAAAAACACUACCGCUAGGCAUGAUUUGUGCCAAUCCACAGAACCAGCAGGCAGGCAGGCAGACAUAGAGAUCAGGAACAGGUUUACAGUCAGCCCAUCGCAGAGCAGAAGACAGGAGAGCGGAGAUGGGGAGGUAUCAGAGGGAUAUCUCGGAGCUAGGCCCCUUGAGCAUCAUCCGGGAGACGGUUAUCAUGUGCUACGACAACGCUGCGACGCUGGUGUGGAUUCAAGUGACAAUGGUGCUACCGACGAUGAUUGCAAUCAUGGGAUCUCAGCAGCUUCUGGACCUGGCGACUGAGAAGCUGGCUCCGGCCAUGAGCCCUCCGAAUCCCGCAGACUUUUCGCCUCUCAAGCUCGUCCAACUCAUAGGCGUGUACAUCGCGGUGCUUCUGAUCAACCUGGCCAUUUCCAUCGUGUCCAUCGCUGCCAUCUUCUACACGGUCGGCUGCUCCUACACGGGCAAGAGCGUGACCUUCUCCGAGAUCCUUCGCACCAUGCCCAAGGUCUGGCGACGGCUGCUCAUCACAGGCCUGUGGGGAUUUCUCAUCGCCACCACGGUCAUCCUCAUCAACGCCGUCACGAAUCUGCUGGUCUCCACAUUCCUGUCGUCCAAGCCUUGGAUCGUCAUCCCCGUGAUCCUGCUCAUCACUCUGGCGGUGCUCGUCUUCUCCUUCUACUUCGGCGCCAUCCUCCAGGUGGCCAACGGAGUGACCACUCUGGAGGAGUACUACGGCAUUGCUGCUCUGUCCAAAUCCGAGAAGUUGCUGCGAGGCAAGUGGUGGACUGCGCUGGGCUUGUUCCUCAUUUACACGGUGCCGGUCGGGGCCCUGGCCUACGCGAACGAGUGCGCCAAGAAGUACCUUGACUUGGGCGAGCACGAGUCUCUGAAGAAGCUGCUGAUGCAGGCUCUGUUUAUUCUGAUCAACUCGUUGAUGCUCCAGUGGAGCACUCUGAGCGGAGGCGUGCUGUACGUGGCUUGCAAGGCCUUCCACCACGAGAGCAUCGUCCUGUACGUGUCCCUGGACACCUCGCAUUUCGAGCGCAUGUCCCAAUCGACUUCGAAUCCCAACUUGGAAAGGGAAAUCGGCGGCUAUUUUGAGCCCAGGCCGUCCUUUGGUCGAGCUGCAUUCAAUGGGGAGCAAUUGAAAGACGAGCUCGAAGCAGUUCUCAGCAGAGCAGGACCCUACCGGAAGGCCGACACCUCGAGUCCCAGACACAGCUUCAGUUCUGUGGACGAGCUGGAGAUCAGUGUCGAGGAAUACCCACCUGAACUCUCGAGGUCCAGGAGGUCCAGAGGGAAGGGUCCGCUGCAUAAUACGUUGGUCUAGACGAGAUGGUACUGUCAUCAUUCAGUCAUCAAGUUGUGUUUGGAAAAGUCCUUGGUUUCGGGAUCGCCACCGUGGUCGUGUAAAUGUGGUAGAAUAGUAGUUGUAAGAAAAAGGUUGUAGGUUGAGGUACUAGUCCAAAGUGUGAAUAAGUAGACAAGUCUCCGAAUACGGUCGCUGCAGAAAUUGUUCAUAGUAUAUAUUGCAGAACACUUUAGUUCUUCUAGUUUUGCAAGCCAGCGAGCGAGAAACUCAGCAGCACCGACUGACUGUAUGGCUAGCAACACAUGCUUGAGAUAGAACCCAUGAAUGUUACGUGUACAGAACAUGGAAGUCGAGUGCCGGUCUCUGUCAUGAUUGUUAGCUGUGCAGCAUUUGGAGGGAGGGAAGGAGGGACGGAGGGUAGUGCAGAGGAGCAGAGCAGAACAGAACAGAACAGAACUGAAGGAAAGUUUGUUGGAGCUUAACUCAACAAGCGGAAUGAAAUGCACAUUCUUUGAUUGGGGAUGGAUAUUUUUACAGGGACCACUUGUCCAAUAUGCAAACGGCUUGAGAAUAAGAAAAUGCAUAGAAGCCUCAAACAUCACGAUGUUCACAAUGCGCACUACUCUGAAAUUUGUAUCUAGUGUAGGAAA